GGUAACGCGCGGAGGAGAGAGCAGCUUAGCAACACGGAGACGGAGCAACAUCAGAUCCACAUCAGAUCCACAUCAGAUCCGCAUCAGGUCCGCAUCAGGUCCACAUCAGGUCCACAUCUCCCGAGUGUAAGUGUGUUACCAGAUGUUCGGGACAUUUUCCCGGUUCCGGUUCUGAUUCUCUUCGUCCGUCGGUCUCCAGUGUAACGAUGAAGUUCGUGGUGGUGCUCGUGGGAGCGGGCAGCCUGGCCUUCCUCGGCGCGGUCAUCUGCAUCAUCGCCAGUGUUUAUCCGCGGAAAAGCCCCGCGCCUCUCGGCGACAACGGCACGCUGACAUCGGAGCCUCUGCUCGAGCUCCCGGAGUCCGGAUCGGUGGCGCGCGCCGGACCGUUGGGCGCUCUGCACGGCGCCGAGUCCUACGACGGAGGAGAGAACGGGCUCGGCGGCAUCGGCCUGGAGGUUCCCACUCUCAACGAGCUCCACCUCGGGGAGGACACCGGCGGCGGGUCCGCGAAGAAGUUCAGCUUCAGCCGGUUGAUCUGCACGCCGGUACCGGUUGGAGAAUGCAAGAGCAAAGACCUGAGGCAGCGGCGGCAGCAGCAGGCGGACGACCCGCUGUACGGAACCGGGGGUGAAGACUGGACUUAUCUCCGGACCACCGCGGAGGACCUCCGUCAGACGGUCCUGCAGCAGAACGACCAGAUCCUCAUGGACCAGAGGACCAUCCGGGAGCUCGCGGGCAAGCUGAGCGAGUGCGAGAGCGGCCUGGAGGACGAGAGGAACGUCCCGGAGCGGAGCGUCGGGGUCUGGAGCGGCAACCGCCGCGUCAUGGCCGGAGACGACGUGAGCUCGUCCGCGGCGGCGCAGCUGCAGACGGCGCGGGCCGUGGAGGAGCUGGCCAGGGCCAUCAUGGACCUGAAGGACCGCAUCGAGAAGCUGGAGGCGGAGAUCGGUCCGGCUGCCUUGAACCUCACCGACACGUCCGUGAGUUCAAGCGGCAGCAGUGCGGCCGGCAAUACCGGUAACACCGGCAAAGCUGCCGCUCCGCCCACCGGCAGCGUCUCCGCCCCUCCCGUGGCGGCUGCCCCGGGGAGUCGACGCCCCGCCUCCCCCGCCACCAAACCCCCAUCCAAGGGCCCCGCCGGGCGAGCCAAGGGCCCCUGGAGGGUGGAGGACCUGGAGGGGGAGCUGGAGAGGAAGAUCAAGCUGCUGGAGAAGGAGCGUCAGACCAUGAGGAAGGAGACGCAGGGCCAACACCAGAAGAUCAACCACGGCAUCGACACCGUGAACCACCGCGUCACCGAGCUGGAGCACAGUGAGUCUGGAGGAGGAGGUGAAGGAGGUGAAGGAGGAGGAGGAAGGACUGAACAAAUGAAGGAUAAACUGAUGCACUCCUGACGUGCAUCAGAAUGAAACUUUAAUGAGCACAGUGGGUGAAGUGGGUCAUCACAGCGGUAGAACAAACUGGAGAUUAAAAUAAGAUGAGCAGAGAAACAAAAAAAAUAUCAUAUUAUAUAAUGAUAUAUAAAGGAUCCUUAUUGCAGGUUGUGUAGUUUGGGUCAAUAAGGUGUCAGUUGUUUUUGAUAUUUUAGUCUUGAGUUUCGCUGGGCUGGUUGUCGGUGAAGUUUCCUCCGACGAUCACCAGAAGCUUCUUUUCUUUGGUGGAAAGAGACGGAGACACAAAGACAGAGAUGUCUGAAAACAGGAGAAGUCUAGAGGACGGAUCGAGAGUUCAAGAGACAGCAAAGAAAAGAAGAAGCACUUCUCUCUACUUUUAGCUCUAUCUUUCUCUCCCAACGUCGACAUCUUCUCUGCCUCAAGAGCUGCAGAGAGGCUGAUCGUUAACUGUGUGUGUGUGCGCGUGUGGUUACACACACUAGUUGGGACAAGAGAGAAGUGAAAAUACGAGCCAUUAACCAGGAGACAACCUCCAGUUCGUCAAAGCUUCAACCUGCAUUCUCUCUAGUGUCCACCA